CUCCGCCCGCCGGGCAGCGCCCGCCGCGGCCCCACUCACGCGUGUCGUCCUCCGACGCCAGCUCGUCACCCAUGUCAUCUCCUCACGGGAGGGCGGGCACAGCCUCGCCGCCUCAUGGGCGGGCCGACUGCCAGGCUGCAUCGCCGCAGAGCGCCUCUUUCGCUGCUGUUCAAAGGAAGAAGAUGGACUAGGCAUCAGAACUGCCCCAGCCCUGCAGGAAGCCUGUGGUAGAUGGUGGGCUGAGCUGAGCCCUGCUGGCACACUGAGCCAGGAAGCCUGGCCCUCCUGUGAGCAAGGUUGGUGGCAGCCACGUGUGACUGGGACACACUUCUCUCACAGCCAUGCUUUGAGCUGUCAGAAUGCCUAGGACUGGAAACACAGCCCCAUACAGACAGCACAACUGUCAGGGCCAACGUCUCAUUGGGGAAUAUUUAUCUCUGGUGUAUCUGCACUGAUGACUGCAGGCCGUGAACUUGGCUCAUUUCUCCCAAUAACAUAACUAAAAUUCCACACGUGGUACAUGGCUCAGUUCAGCUGCAGAGCACCAUCCCUAAUAGGAAUUGCAGUGUAGCGCCAGGCAGAUAAUAUUAUUCAUGUCUCAGAACAGACCAAAACUCCCUUUUGCAACAUAUUACAUAAAUAAGCAGUGAGAAUUGCCAAGCAGUUGUUGCCAGUAAAGUGCUUCAGUCAGCGUGCCUCGCAAACCUCUCUGUUACCAUCCUAAAUUAAAACCUCCGGCCACGACUGUCCCCAGAUCUGACUCUGCUCAUAUUCAUAGUCGUAUGAGUUUGUAUUUAGCAAUUCCUGUAGCAGCAAGGGGGUGUGGGGUGAGGAAAUGUGUCGUAGCCAGGAAGUUACUGCGUGGCUGGAGGAGGGAAUGGAGAGUUCAGAGGGAAGUGGGCUGCGGGGAAUUUCCUUCGCUUACCACUUGACAUUUAAGUCACUGUGCAGAGCCCAGGCUGUAUUCAGUUUUUUUAACCCUCUGAUCUGGAGAUGGGGGCACAGGAGAGCCAAUAUGAGGAUGCAGAGCAAAUUCUGAGCCUCACAGGGCUGUCUGGAUCUAAUUUAGGUUUAUUAUCGUUAUGGCAUUACUGUUUAUUUCAUUUAACACUGAGUAGGUGAAUGUGACCAGAGAACUGGGAAGAGGUAUAUUAGGAGGAGGAGAUUAAUCUGCCCAAACCUAAAACCUCACAGAUAAAAUCCUGCUGACAUUACUGAGCCCUGUAAAGGCUCCUGCUGCCUGGUUUUGCAAUGUCACUACAAAAGGACAGGAGUGGAAAUAAUAACCCUUCAGCAGCCAACAAAUCAGAGAGAAGGGUGAGGUCAGUGAUACAUGCCUAGGGGACGGUGAUCUCAUCCUGGCCUUGAGUAGGUGACCACCCACAUCUCAGUGCUGCCACACGACUGCUGUGGUCACCCCCUCCUAUGGGAAAGUUUGCUGAGCUCGGGGUGUAAGUGUAGGUGGCUUGGCUGGACACUGAUGAGAGAUCUGCACCGAGUCCCCUGGCAACCCUACACAUCCUUGGAGAGCAGCUCUGCCCCCAGCAGAGCACAGUGGCUCUGUGCCAGCCCCCUUAUCCACGCCUUCCUGCCUGCCUCUUGGACAGGAAAGUUCCCUCGGAUCCUGUGCAAGCCAUCCUCCUUAUCCUAAGAACUGUCACAGGCUGUGGUGAAGCUGGGGGACAAAGAGGACUCUGCAGGUUGAGCAGCUUUGCUGCGCUGUCUUUUGACUUUCAGCUGCCCCUCUUCCCAUGGGAGGCUUUGGGAUCAUGGGCUGCUCAGGGAAUAAAGGCAGAGAGGAUGGGGACGUGCCGGGCCCUGCCUCCUAAGGGCAGUGACUUGACUUUGCUCCUUCAUCUCAGAGACUGGAAUUUCUCAAGUUAUCCUCUUCAAGGAAGGCAGGGAAGAGAGCAGCCAGAGAAAAAAGAAGAAAACCCCACGUAUGAGGCAAGGGAAAAGAAUGAAGUUCAGGCAGUGAUAAAAUGGGACUUUUGUCUCUGUUUUACUCAGCCCCUCUGUGUGCCUACCUGGUCACAAAGAAAUCUUUUAUGUCUGUUCUGCGUGACUCAGAUAAAGACCAAAGGGCCUGACCCUGCCACAGGUCUCCACGUCCCUCCAACCUCCUGGGACCUUGAGGAUGCUCAGCAUCAGGCAGAGACAAGGCUGCCUUCAGAGCCCUGCCCCUACAAACUGGUCUCAGACACAAGCUCCUGCUGCAUUUUGCCUCUAGUAUCCCAAGGAAGUGAAAACAAUUCUUUUCUAUUGCACUAAGACACAAAGGCUGGAUUGAGCUGCCUGAAUCCCCACUCAGCAGUCUCUCCUUCCAGCAAAACAUGGCCUGCAGGGUGUCCCAUGAUGCUGCAUUUGCUGCCCAUCUCCACGCCUCUCGCAUGGCUACAGACAUGCCUAGAGAACAGGGAAUUCCCUUCAGGCCUUCUUCCCUGUAUAGAUUUUAGUAUUUGUUUUUGAAAUUGCUUUUGUAUUUGCUGUAAGGGACAAUCAAUAAGACACUUAAAAUCCUGGUACAGAAAAUCCUACACUCAUGAUUUAAUGCAGAAGAAAAAUACCAUUAGCUAUUCGUGGAGCACACACCGCUACUUAAACAUGUAUGUGUUUGUAAGCAUUUCAGUGCCAGGCCCUGAGGGAGAACAUUACUAAAUACCUAUACAUAUUAAUGCAUAUGCUUAACCAAGGAAUCAGACUUGGCAAAGCUAGAAUUUCCUGAAUGAAAUGUUGAUAAAAGGGAAAAUAGAACUGGUAAAAUUUAAAGUUUUUACUACUUCCAACAAAGACUGCAUCACCAAUACAUACUAGUGGUCUGUGAGCCUCCACUCUCUGUACAAUGCCUGGAAUGCUUGAAAUAAUAAUCCUCUUCUCCAUCUGAGGAUCUCAAAGCAUAUUGAUAAAUCACAUUUGGGUAUACAUUGCUACCACUUUACCGGUGCACAAAUGCAGACGUCAGCUGCACCGCUGAGUUAACACAGGAAGCCAAAGGCCUCGUGGAACCUCUGCUCCCUAGCAGCCAUCUUACUUGGUAGAUUUUUGCCCAGUCAUACGGCACACUUAAAAAAAAAAAAAAAAAAAAAAAAAAAAAAAAAAAAGGAAGAAUCAAAAAGAGAGGGGAAAAAAAAAGUUAAAAUCAAAAAGACUGACUCUUUCUAAUCCGUGGAGUGAUGGCAUGGAUUUGUUUGGCCUCUCUGCACAGGACUGCCUGUUCUGCAGGUGCCCUCUGUAGUUCUGCAGGCUUAGUUUUUAUUCCAGCAAGAAUAUGCAGAGACAAGAAGACAGAAAACAUCACUGUAAAAUGACCUGCAUAUUUGGUUCUUUGUGGGCUUGUGUGCACUGUCACUGAGAUGCAUUGGUAAUUUCCCUGGGAUCUGAAUGCCACACAGCUGUAUGUAUUUGCAUAGGUGCAUCUCUCCUGACAUUUGGGUAUGUAAUGUGUACCUUGCACAUACGUCUUUCUGAACUGAGUCUUAGGUUUACAUCAGGGUGCAGCUGUAGGGUGCUGUAGAUGGAGCCUCAGCAGAUAACAAGGAAUACAUUGCAUCAGCUGGAUGAAACCUGCAGCACAGAGAUGCACGGCUUUCACCCACCAUCUGCUGCAAGUAAUACAAUAGCCAUUUGCAAUUUGCCUUCAGGAGGUAGCUAUGCUUUAAAACAGAUGAACAGAUGCAGUAUAGGGAACCUGCUUCCAAGGCAGGUCAGAGGCACAUUCCAGGAGAUUUCUAUUGAUGAUGCUAAAAUGGUGUUUGUGUUACGCUUAGGCUGUACUUAAAAUGUUAUUGCCAGCAUCUUUUGUUGGCCUUCUCUGCUGUUAUUCUGCACAUACAAACUUCAGAGACAAGUGCAGCUGCUAGCCCUGUGCAAUUGCAUAAACAAGUGUGCCUGCAUAUGGAACAACUGCUGAAGGCAAUGUUAACACCUCUUCAGGAAGGGCUCCAACACUCCAGGGACUGAUAAAAGGACAGCACGUCCAAGUCACCAGCUCGUUUCGUGGAAAUCGGAUGGGUUUCAAUAAGUAGACUCUCAGCUUGCCCUCGGACAUGGAAGCUGGCCUCCCUCCCACAUAACUACUUUGGUCUAACUUAGCUUGUAUUUCUGUUAGCCAAUGUUUUAUUUCCUUGCUUUUUGAAGACUGUUAACCUCCAGUUCAGCAAGCACUGAAUAAUCCUAUUUAAAAAUCUCUCUUCUUAAGAGCCAAAAAAUGCAGAUUGAGAUCAGGAAAUAGAAGCCACCAGAGCACGCUGCACCACAGACUCUCCUUUGACAUUGGGCAAGUCACUUCUCAUCUCAGAAACUUCCCCAGUUGUGAGACACAGACAGCAACACUGCCCUAACUCACGCUACUGGAAGAUAAAUACAGUAAUAAACAUGAACUACAAUUGUGCGGUAACAGGACCCCUCCUGAGUACAGAAAAUUGCCAUUUCCUUCGGUUUCCUUGUUGUAAGUCUGCACAAUCACGUUGUGCUACCAGAUAAUUUUGUAGCAAUUUCCUCUCCUGAGAUAUUUGACUUCACUGUAAGCUAGUUUAAUAGCCUAUAGAUAUUAACAUGAUCCCUUAUUUACAAUAAUGGGGCCUUGUAGCUACUGUAGCUUACAGAUGCAAUUUAUUACAGGAUGUUACCACAAUCCACAGGCUACCAGAAAACAUUAUGUCUGGUUGUUACAAAUGCCAUUUUCCUUGUUGAGACAGUAAAAUAACCCUUUAAAUGAUCGGGAUUUUUCCUUCUUCUGAAUGUCUGUGAAAAUUAAUCUUACUUUAAAAGCUUUCUUUUCCCUUGUGGUAAUAAGAACCUCCAUGUAUCUUGCUUUUAAAGGCAUGUCCUUUAAGGAAAAAAAACAAAACAACCAAGUUGUGUUUAUAGAUUUAAAUCUGUUUGUUCCUGUAGCUUCAGCUGGAGUCAACAGGUGUCUGGGGCACUCGGAUGUGAUCUGCAGACAGCCAGCAGUUUGCAGGACAGGCUGUAUCUCUGCAGAAGAGCUGCAGGUCUCCACACCCCCACCACUCUGCCUGUCUUCCAUGCUCCUCAUUACCUGACUCUGACUUUUCAUUUCAGUAUUCUUGCACUCUUCGUGACAUUUCAAAACCAAGAACAAACGCCUCCUGAAAGCCUUGGGAUGUGGGGAGAGCAGAAGGUAAUAUCAUUUAACCCGAAGUGCUCAUAACAAAUCUUCCAUAUUAGGCAAUACUAUGUUUUUAGAAAAGAGAACCAAACUCUUUUGUCUGUCCUGUUGUUCCUGAAACCAUCACAGCAGUGCAACUGUUGACAUGUUUCCCCAUUCCUCUUCCCUUGACAUGUUGGACAGAAACUGGACGUGCUUUUGUCUUCUAGCAUCCUGAUGCCCACGAAUGCCCCAGUCCCCUCCUGCCAGGUGCCACACAGGCACACAUACCAGCAGGGCUUAGCCUCAGCUGCCCCUGUCUCAGACCUCUCUGGGCUGCAGCUUAUGUGAUCUGCCCACUAAUUUAUUCCUUUGGGGACCUCUGAGGCCAACCCCACUCUUACAGAGCCCUUUCAGCCCAGGAACAGAGCACCAGACUCAGGGAUAUUUCACCUUUCGUUCUCGCAUGAAGAUACAGGGCAGAUUUGGCUUGGUUCUUACUUAUUUCUCAUGGAAUUAGAAACAGCUCUAAAUGAAGCUAUGAACUUAAGGCAUUCAACUUAUCUAGGGAAGUUCAGGAUAAGGCUCCCAGGGGUCCUUCUCUUAGCACUAGCUUGCUCAACCAAAAGGAAGGGAUGAGCCAGACCCAAACUGUGUCCUUGUUUAAGGAUAAAUCAAGCACUCACAACCUCAUCCUGUGCCCAUCGUGGCUCAACAAGACCCUGCACAGCCUGGCAGGCAGUGGCUCCAGCUGCUUGAGGGGUGCCCAACAGCUGCAGGGCUGCCGGUUGUGCCCUCCAGCAGCAGGUGGGCAGUCAGGCUGCUACAAAGCAGUUUUAGCCUUUAAAUGCCAAAAACUACGAGCACAUAUCCUGCUUCCGCCCAAAGUCUUACCCUGUUCACCUUCUCACAGGAUGUCCUGCCCCCGUUUUCUUUUUUCUUUUUUUUUUUAACAAUGAUACUGUCAAAAUAUUUACUGUCUGAAAUAUUUAUGGUAUAUAAUAUACUCUAAAAUGCAGCAGCUGUCUCUUCUUCAUUUAACCUCCCUGAAAGUAUCUGCAGAAGUCCUUCUGAAAGGAAUGGACUGGAAAGAAGAGUGAAAAUCAAAGGACUGUGUCACUGAGGUCUUGAUCCUGCCCAAGGGGGUUAAGCUGUGACCAUACCUCAUCCUCAUAGACCACAAGUUGUGUUUUCCGCAGCUGAACGUAGCGAUCCUUCCACAGUCCCAGGAGUCCUCCACUGCUUUUCUUUAUCCAGCCAAAUUUCUCUGCACUGGGAGCAGGCUUUGGUUUCUCUGAGACCUCCUCCUUUGUAUCCUGCAGGGCCACCAAGAAAAGCAGAAGGGAGAAGUUACAUUGAGAGCACCUUCCAUCCACCUAAUGGCAGUCCCUGGAAAAGCCUGCCCAGCAAAGACCACAGCACCCACCAUGUGCAGUCUCUCCCCAGCAGCUCACAGGGAGAAAGGCUGGGACCAGAACAGCAUCUUCCAGAGAACACUUCUACAAGGGAGAAGAGAUCUCAGGCAACUCCUGCCCCACAGCCCCGACCUCUGGAACAGGGCUGGGGAGCGGGUAUGGACCCUGAGACUGCUGCUGCCCUGCACGCAGAAUCCGGCACGGCUUCUGCCCUAAGCCUUUCCCAGGAGCAAGCAGAGCCAAAUCCCCUUACAAAAACACCUCACCGAACUCGUGACCCUUAAGAGGAGGCCAACCCCAAAUCCUCCAGAGCCCUUCCCAGAACCACACUGUUACCCCAGAUUUGGCUUUCCUCCCAGGACACAGGACCUGUUGUUGCCUGUAAUGGCACUAAGCAGUAUUUUCACAAAACAAAGGAUGCAUGACCAAGGCAGAGUCCCAACCAUCCUCAAAUGGCUCUGGCUAGCUGCUGAUAGGGAAAAAUCAAAACAAAACAAAACAGAGUGUCUGUAGCUCAAACAUCAUGUUUCCUACCAUGAGGAAAUCCCAUGUGCAUCGCAAGGAGUCAGAGCCAGACACUCCCAUGUCCAGAAAGGAGUGGGGAUAGGGCAAGUGAGUACAGACAGCUUCCAAAAAUCCAGAGGAAAGCCUUACUAACAGAUCUGUUUUCAUGCACCCGACUCCCAGCAAACACACCCUUGGAUAGUAUUUGAGUGAGCUGUUCCUUAAAGAUAGAACUUGCACCCAUAAUGAGAAGCAAAACAGAUUAAAUUUGCUGUGUGCAAGCGCUUAUUCCAGCCUCCAGCAAGGUCAGGAAGAGGCUCGAUGUCUGAAACACAACCAGACUGCCUCAGGUCAAGGUAAAUCACACGGAAAUGGCCACCAGCCCCAGUGCACUUUGCAGGAUGAAGCCGUUUCAUGGUGCUGUGCUGUGCUGUGUUUGACAAGGCCCCGCGACAGGAUGACAGCGCACCAACAACUUUUCCGGGAAAUGGGGAGGACUGUGUUUUUUUUAAGCUUGACUUUUUAGGUUGCCAGGAAGUUGCAGUCAGUUGCGAUCUGCUCCUUCAGCAAACAUCAACCGCUGCACCAAUACAGACCUGUUGGUGCAUCAUCCCUUUUGCUGUCAUGCUUGGGCACGGGCUUUGACCUCAUCCCUAGCAGUUCUGCUUGGACACAGCUGCACCACCAGUGACUUCCUCACCUGUCUCCCUGUUACUCCCAAAUGGGUUGGGGUUUUUUGCUGUGUAGAUCAAUUUUCAUUUUUUUCUCUUGAUGGCAGAAUGGCUGCCUGAAAACACACAACAAAUCAGCCUCUCUGUGGCCUUUUUGCUCUGCAGGGUGAAAACCCUUUCCUCUGUGGUUUUACAAUAAAAGUAUUCACUACAAAGUUGCAGCAUUUCACAUCUACUGCUGAAAAAGCGACCCGCCCUCGUCACCGCUUUGGUUGGAGGUUAUUCUCAUGCUUGCGCUCCUGCAAUCUCACGGCAUUCACCAGCUCCCUGCCAUCUCCGGACAAUCUCUUUUCUCCAACCCAUUAGGAUUUCCACUUCUGGGCCUAAUCAUCCCUGCCUGUGCCUGAAGCCUGGCUGCUCACCCCCUCUGUAGCAGGACUGAUGCUUUGACCCACACACGGGGCAGAACGCAUGCAUGGGAUGCUCUCCCAACCACACGGCGCUUCCCGUGGUGCUGGCAUCCCAUGCCUCUGGCUUGUGCAGCCCCUCGAUCUGUCAGCGAGGGAAGGUUUGCCAGGGCAGAGCGCUGGGAGCAGGACUCGGUGUCCGCUCCAUGUUUGCUGCCUGUGAUUCCAUGACUAAAAUUGGAGGGCAGCACAAAGAGAUGAUUUGUUGUUGUUAAUUCAGCUUUCUGCGGGUAUUCCUUCUGCUGGAGGCAAGAAAUGCUAAGAUAGCCAUUCCAGGGUGUUCCCGAGCUGGAUUCGUGCCUGAUGCUGGUGUAAAUCCAUGAGAAUAAACCCACUGACAUCAGCCGAGAGAGCCAGCAUAACCAAGGGAAGAACUGAGUUUUCUGUCACUGCCUGAGCCAGCGGCGCUGGUCCCGCAGCCGGUACAAGUCAUUGGUGCGAUUUAUAGCAUGGUGGCAUUAAAAGUGCAGCACGAGUUGGACUCCGCUUUACCUUCAUGUUUUACAGCUCGGCAGGGAUGUCAAAUUAGGGACGUGGGAUGGCUUUUCAUUUAACCAUUAGGCAGUUAUUUCUGCCUUCCUUCCCCUGAGUUGUAGGGGCCUACAAAACCACAUACUUUCUGUGUCUUCUGUCAACAGCAGAAGCCAACAGUGGGACUGCGGCGGUGCUUUCACAAGUUGCACACACUGCACAGGAGCGUUUUACUCAGCAAGCAAGUGGUACAACUGGUCCAUCCCAUACUGCAGCACGGAUGCAUCUCCAGAUGCAUCUCCAGUUGUGUUCCCGAACUUCAGCUGCUUUCCUACCCCUCCACGUUCACUCCUGACAUGUUGUUGGCACUUCCACAUCUCCACGAUGCAGGAGCAAUACCAGACACCGCACACACACAUGUGAGACCCGGGAAGCUGUGCCCACUCUCAGUAGGACUCAUUUGUGGCUAACGAAGGGCGUGCAGCCCCCAGCCCGGCAGCGCCCGCUGCGUGCAGCCGCCAGCUGGAAGCACUUUUGUGCUAUGGAUUAAUUUCAUGUAUGCCGGCGGAUAAUGACAACUUUCAGUCCCUGCCAUGCUGGGCUGCCUUUUGGUCUCCCCGCUGUCGUGGCCCUUUUGGAAGAAGCCCUUAUUCUCACCACAACAUUUGAGGAGUUAAGCACAGGGGGAGCAAGCCAAGCUCCCAGUGCUGCAUGUCCUGGAGCCUGCAGCCUGCCCUGCCGCACCUUCCUCGUGCAUCAGCAGCAAAACCUCGUCGGGUGGAAGGGAAGAAGGAAUAACCGAGUGAGCAGACGCGUGGAGAAGAGGACCUGCUCAACUUGCCAACAAAUCUGUGGCAUCACGGGGCCGUGAAAAGCUCCACGUGCAGAAUCGCGACAGCCUUUCCCAAAGGAGGAGGAGGAGGAGGAGAAGGACGGCCACUGCCAGGCACCCGGCCAGCACCCAGCUCGCGCCCGUUGGAAGCACAGUACGCAGCAGGACGCAGCGCGGGGUGCCCUGAGCGGCGUGCCACCGGGAGCGGCCCCACUCUGCUCACCCUCCCGCAGCACCCCAACUCAGCACAAGUUACACAAGCGGCGGGGCUGGGGAUGCUGCGGCACCAGCAGAGGAACCCCCCGACCUGGGACCGGCCGCGAUGCCCCUCCCUGGGGCUGAGCUCCUAACGCGUCCCGGUACUCACUUGCUCCAUGAUCGGGACCGGCCGCCGCUCCUCGCCGCCCGCUCAGGGGCUCCGCCGCCGCCGGCGUCCCGCAGCCGGGCGGGGGGACAUGCCGGGCCGGGCCGUGCUCUGCCUCCGCACCAACUUCACGCCGAGCAGCAGCAGCAGCAGCCGAGCGGCAGCACCGGGUUUCCGGCAGCUCCGAAGCUGCGAGCGCGGCCCCAGGGAGGCGGGGAUCCCCCUCCUCCGGCCCCGGCCCCGCCGCCGCCUCGCCUGGCCCGGCCCCCGCCUGGCCCAGCCCCGGCCCCGCAGCUCCGUGAGGCCGCCCCCGCGGCGGGCGAGGGGUGGAAGACGUCGGGAUGGAAGGACCGGGGGUCCAGUCUAGGACAGAGCUCCUGAGAGCACGCAAACAGCAAUUAGCAGUAAUGAGAAGAAACACCUGAUUGCAUCUCCUUCGUAUCAGCUUGGCUGUGGCUUUGGCAGAGGCUCCGGUCUCACCAGUGCGAUCCCUUUGCUAGGUUGGGAUCGCUAUGGUUGAGACUCCUGCCAGGGGCUGCGUGGCACUGCCCUGUGUCCCCGUAUGAAGGCGCUGACACCGCUGGAGGCUCUCAGCUACUGCUUCCACUGUUUGGAAAGAAGAUGGGCAGGAGCAGCACGCCAGGUUUUGGAACCAUUGUGAUGCACAGUGGGCACCCAACUUGUGAGCAGCCCCAUCGCUGCAGCUUUGGGGUGGCUUUGUGCCCCGUUCCCACCUCUCCUCUGCAAAAUUGGCAGCUUGGAAAACUACUACCACUUCCACCACAGCAAAACGUUCAAGCGCUCAACGCUGAGCAGCCGGGGACCGCACAGCUUCCUUCGCAUGGACCCUAAGGUGGAGUGGCUGCAGCAGCAGGAGGUGCGGCGGCGGGUGAAGAGGCACGUCCGCAGUGAUCCCCCCUCACUGCCCUUCAACGACCCGGUGUGGCCCAACAUGUGGUACCUGCACUGCGGGGACAGGAACAGCCGCUGCCGCUCGGAGAUGAAUGUGGUCGCUGCCUGGCAGAGGGGCUACACCGGCAGGAACGUGGUGGUCACCAUCCUUGAUGACGGGAUAGAGAGGAACCACCCCGACCUGCUGCAGAACUACGACCCUCUCGCAAGCUACGAUGUCAAUGGGAAUGACCAUGACCCAACGCCACGCUACGAUGCCAGCAAUGAGAAUAAGCACGGCACGCGCUGCGCGGGGGAGGUGGCAGCAGCAGCCAACAACUCGUACUGCAUUGUGGGCAUUGCCUACAACGCACGCAUUGGAGGCAUUCGUAUGUUAGAUGGAGAUGUAACAGAUGUUGUUGAAGCGAAGUCGCUUGGCAUCAGACCCGAUUACAUUGACAUUUACAGCGCGAGCUGGGGGCCAGAUGAUGAUGGGAAGACAGUUGAUGGACCCGGCCUAUUGGCCAAGCAGGCUUUUGAGCAUGGCAUUAAAAAGGGUCGCAGGGGCUUGGGGUCCAUUUUUGUCUGGGCAUCAGGAAAUGGCGGCCGGGAGGGCGACUACUGCUCCUGUGAUGGCUACACCAACAGCAUCUACACCAUCUCCAUCAGCAGCACCACCGAGAACGGCUACAAGCCCUGGUACCUGGAGGAGUGUGCAUCCACCCUGGCCACCACCUACAGCAGCGGGGCCUUCUAUGAGCGGAAAAUUGUCACCACCGACCUCCGGCACCGCUGCACUGAUGGCCACACCGGCACCUCCGUGUCUGCACCCAUGGUGGCUGGCAUCAUUGCCUUGGCUUUGGAGGCAAACCCCCUGCUCACGUGGAGGGAUGUCCAGCACCUCCUGGUCAGGACCUCACGGCCAGUACACCUGCGGGCAGCCGACUGGAAGACCAAUGGAGCAGGGCAUAAAGUUAGCCAUCUAUAUGGCUUCGGCCUGGUUGAUGCAGAAGCUAUAGUAGUGGAAGCCAAGAAAUGGAAGACAGUGCCACCCCAACACGUCUGCGUGGGAAGCCUGGACAGGGUACCCAAGUACAUCCGCCCGGACCACGUGCUGCGCGCCAGCACUCUGAGCAGUGCCUGCAGCGAGCAGCGCGAGCAGCACGUGCUGUACCUGGAGCACGUGGUGGUGCGGCUCAGCAUCGCGCACCCGCGCCGUGGUGACCUGCAGAUCAGCCUCGUGUCUCCAGCAGGGACCAGGUCACAGCUCCUGGCCAGGAGAGUGUUUGACCAUUCCAAUGAGGGUUUCAAGGGCUGGGAGUUCAUGACGGUGCACUGCUGGGGCGAGAGGGCAGCUGGCGAGUGGACACUGGAGAUCCAGGACACACCAUCCCAGGUGCGCAGCCCCACUGCGCAAGGGAAGCUGAAGGAGUGGAGCAUCCUCUUCUACGGGACGGCUGAGCACCCCUACAACACUCCAGGGGCCCCCCAGCCCCGCACAAGGACACUGGAGGUAUCGGAGAUGGAACCAUCGAGGGCUGCCUUCCUGCAGAGCCAGGUAGAGAUGACGGAGGAGGAGGAGGAGGAGUAUGCAGGUCCCUGCCACCCCGAGUGUGGUGACCAGGGCUGCGAUGGCCCCAGCGCCGAUCAGUGCCUGAACUGCAUCCACUAUAGUCUGGGCAGCGUGAAAACUGGCAGGAUGUGUGUCAGCUCCUGCCCAGCAGGGUUCUUUGGCGACAAGGCAGCGCGGAGGUGCCGGCGGUGCUACAAGGGCUGUGAGAGCUGUGUUGGCCGGGGCCCAGGGCAGUGCACAGCGUGCAAGAGGAGCCUCUACCACCACCCUGAGAUGGGUGCCUGCCUGCCCCUGUGCCCCCCCAGCUUUUACGCCGAGGAACGUCAGAAACGCUGUCUGAAAUGCCAUCAAAGCUGUAAAAAGUGUCUCGGCGAGCCGGAUAAGUGUACUGCAUGCAAAGAUGGGUUCAGCCUGGUGGGAGAGAGCUGCGUGCCUGAGUGCCAACCUGCCAUGUACCUCAGCCGUGAGCACCGGCGCUGCGAGACCUGCCCUGCUGGCACAGGACCAGGUGAGGACGACUGCACGCCCUGUACCCCUGACACCUCUGCACCUCACUGGCGCUGCGUUCCUGCCUGCCGGGAGGGCUUCUAUCCCGCCGACAGCCACGGGCUGCCCAACAAGGUCUGCAAGAGGUGCGACGAGCACUGCUCCGCCUGCGAGGGCUCCAGUGGGAACUGUGUGCGGUGUAAGGAUGGCUUCAGCCUUCUCGGUGGCUCCUGCGUGACCAACGAGACCUGCACCAAUGCUGACAAGACUUUCUGUGAGAUGGUGAAAUCAAACAAGCUCUGUGAAAAGAAGCUGUUUGUGCAGUUCUGCUGUCAGACGUGUCUUAUGGCCGGGUAAAGUCCAGCGGUCGCAUCCAGGACUUCCAGCGACUGCCAGCCCGGUUUUGCCAAAUGUUUAGGACAAAAGGUUUAUUUUUUCAGCUUUGGGAGAGUUUACAUGGUGCUGUCGUAAGUUUGAUGGCUUUAAUAUCACUGUCAGCUUGUUUCUAUAGCAAUACGUUAAGCAGAGAGCGGAUCGUAGCCUGAAUGAUGGAGACCUGGGCAGGCAGUGAUAUUAAUACUCUCAAACACUCCUCAUGAGCAGGGAGCAAGGCAUGACCCGUGCACCCAAGUUUGGUUCUGCACAGAAAUCCUACAGAUGUGUGUGCUUGGAGUGGCCGAGGGGACAUGGGACAGCACACACAUGUGGUUCUGGCCCCGCUUCGUGCUCGAUGACAGCCCCAGAGACCUGCACUGCUGCCAGCCAGCGCCGUGCUCCAUACCCAUGGGAAACGACGAGCGGGCACUGCCUGGAGCGGGCUCUAUGCCGCUCUGCCACCCUGUUCGGAUCCAGCUGCUUCUCCCUGGCUGUGAGUGUGGCAACGACUGGAGCUCCACAGAGCAAAGCCCCUUGUGUGCAGGCAGAGCCGGGUGCCUGCAGGGAGGGUUCGUCCACAAGGAGCAGCGUUAUGGCAAAAUGCAUUUUCCUCCCCAAACGCUGAGUCGACGUUUAGUUGGGGAAGGAGCACCGUCCUUCCUCUCAGAGGUGGUUUCCCAGUUCAUCUCUUCCAGCAUUUUGCAUCACCAUCCUGCCUUUUGCUUGGAUACAUCCCAGCCAAGGCAGUGAUUUUCUUUCCCCUCUGUUUCCAAAAGAGACAUUCCAGGGAUCUGGCCAGGAAACUCUCAGUUCCACAAACCCUCCCCCAAACAACCCUCUCCAUGCUCUCUCUUCCUAGUACGUCACGUGGUGUUUAUACAAUUGUGUUUAAAAUAUCCUUGGCUAUGUUGUUUUACAGAUUUUUUUAAAAUAACUUAUACGGUCCUUGUUUUUCUCUGUAGACUAUUUUUUUAUAUGGGGAGUGGGGAAUCUUCGGUGUCCUAUGUCCUUCUCCUCUCCGACCUUGCAGAGAUGCUCUUUUUAACCAAACAUCCACGGUAUUUCCCUAUGCUGCAUGUUCUGAUUUUCACCGUUGAUAGAUUGAAUGAGUUAAACCUUUUGCCAAUGAAACUCACAGUGUGAAUCAAGUCUGGUUCCUGUUGGAGCUGGGCUGAUCCCUGCUUGUUCCCCAUUGCCACACUGCGCCCUGCCCAGGCUUGCCUCUGUGGGGCAAAGAGGGGAGAGCCUCGCCUGAGAGCCUUGGGUGAACUGACCUUUAAGUUAAUAAACUAUUGAUCUUCCCUGA